AUGAAACAAAAAUUAAGGAAAGGGAUUAUAAGAGACGUAUGCUUUAUCUGCAUGUUAGUAAUUGGAGUCCAAAUAUGUCUCUUUCUCCUUUUCACAAAAUCUACACCAAAUAGUCAAGGGCAUGAAAUCAUAUUGGCAACAAAUAGAGGAUGCAACAAGUCAUUUCCAAAUCCAUUGGCAUUAAACCAAUCACAAUCACAAGAUGAAACAAUCAUAUGCGAUCGUUCCCAUAACAACUAUGAUUGGUGUUUCCUCAAAUGUCCAACCAUAUUAAACCCAAAUACAACCACAUUUUAUACAAUCGGAUCACUCAUUCGAAAUCGAACCUCAACUAACCAUUUCGUAAUAGAAAAAAUUCGUCCGUACCCUCGAAAAUGGGAAACUUUUAGCAUGUCAAGGGUACGUGAAAUAACUCUUACAUCCUCAUCUAUUAACAAUAGAUGCCAAAUAUACCAUAAAGGCCCUGCCUUAGUAUUUAGCAUAGGUGGCUAUACGGGGAAUUUUUUCCAUGAUUUCAAUGAUGGGAUAAUACCUCUUUACAUAACGCUCAACACCCUUUUUCCUAAUCAAGAUAACAUCACACUUGUUAUUGUUGAUUUUAAAGAUUGGUGGUAUAGCAAGUACGAGGUUUUAUUGAGAGCAUUUCCAAUAAAUCGUGUUAUUAACCUUGAUAACCAAACGGCCACACAUUGCUUUUCCUCGGUCGCGGUUGGACUCAUAUCACACGGUCCUAUGACCAUACAGCCUAAUCAAAGUCAACAACUAUCAUUUCUUAGGUUACGUUCUUUAUUAGAGAUUACGUAUGGUUCAAAUUGUAAACAUGUUACACCACGGGCUCCUUUGAAGCCGGGUAAGCCUAGGGUUGUGUUCGUGGGCCGGACAAGAAAUGUGGGUCGGGUAAUUCUGAAUCAAAAUCAAAUUAUAAAUGCUAUGGAACGAGCAGGGUUUGAAGUCGUACUCUUUGAACCCACUAAAUUUACAUGGUUAUGUGAUGCAUAUAAACUCGUCAAUGAAAGUCAUGGAAUGAUAGGAGUCCAUGGAGCGGCCCUAACACAUUCAAUCUUUUUACGACCCGGGUCGAUUUUGAUUCAAAUUGUUCCAAUUGGGAUUGAAUGGUUAGCGGAUUCGUACUUUAAGAACUUGGCUAAAAGUUUGAGAUUUGAGUAUAUUGAAUAUAAGAUUAGGGCAAAAGAAAGUAGUUUGGCUGAGAAAUAUGGAUUGUGUCAUAUGAUUGUGAAAAAUCCACAUGUAUUUAUGAAAGGAAAUUGGUCUGCUGUGGAUAGUAUUUAUCUUAAGGGUCAAGAUGUUAGGCUAUGUUUGGAUAGGUUUAGCAAGUAUUUGGUGCUUGCUUAUUCAAAAUCAAAGAGGUUUAUGGACAUUAAUGGAUAG